AUAAGAGUCUCAGUCAUGGUACCAAAAGCGGCGCGAGAGCUUCGCGAAUCCUCCACUCCACUCGCCAGGGCCGUGGCCAUGGCUAUUGCCAUUUCUUACCCCAACCUCCCUCGUCCUCGCUCCGUCCCCUCCCUCCCCUCCUCCCAAACCCUAACCCUUACCCUAAGGAGAAGACGAUCCGUCCCUCUCUUCUCCCGUCGCUCGGAACCCUCCUCCUCUCCUGUGCAACGAUCCCAUCUCCGUUCCCUUCCCCUCUCUCAGAUCGAGCCCUUCGUCGUCUCCGAGUGGGAGCCGAUCCUCAAGGGUUGGAUCUGCAGCGCCAUGGCCGUGUACUGCCUCUCCCGCACCGUCCCCUGCGUCGGCCACUUACCCUCCGUGCUGUGCGAGAUCGGAUCCGAUCGGAUGGUCUCCGAGGGCCUCAGAUUGGCGGCGCUCGCCGGGGCGCGCUCCGCCGCCGCUUAUCUGCAGCAUGCGUUCUUGUGGGAGGCGGCGCUGAGGUCGGCGUAUGGGAUUAGGGUUCACAUCUUCGAUCGAGUCCUAAUGAGGGACCUAGGGUUCUUUGAGGGGAGUGGCAGUGUUCCGACCGGGGACGUUGCGUUCCGGAUCACGUCGGAGGCCUCCGAUGUUGCGGAUACAGUGUAUGCUCUCUUGAAUACAAUUGUGCCGACUACAUUGCAGCUGAUAGCAAUGGUUAGUCAGAUGGUGAUGAUCAGCCCUACACUUUCCUUAAUAGCACUGAUGGUGAUUCCAUGCAUGUCGCUCGUUGUGGCACAUCUUGGGGUAAGGCUUCAUGAGAUAUCAAACAAGGCACAUUCCAGUGUUGCUAAACUCUCGGCCUACAUAAAUGAAGUGCUUCCUUCGAUGCUUGCGGUAAAGGCAAACAAUGGAGAGAUCAAGGAGAGCUCGCGUUUUAAAAAGCUUGCCUUUGAUGAGCUGGUACUUAACUUGAGCAAGAAGAAAAUGAAGGCACUCAUACCUCAGGCUAUACGAGCCAUAUAUAUAGGAGGGCUGCUGAUGCUUUGUGCUGGCUUGUUGGUAGUUUCAAGGAAUUCUGUUGAUGCAUCCAAUUUUUUAUCAUUUUUAACGGCAGUAGCUCUUCUGAUUGAACCUAUUCAGGAUGUGGGAAAAGCGUACAACGAAUUGAAACAGGGCGAGCCAGCAAUAGAGCGCUUGUUCGAUUUAACUAGGUUCACAUGUAAGGUGACUGAGAAUCCGCAGGCAUUUGAUCUUGAGACUGUUCGAGGGGACAUAAAAUUUUGUGGUGUUACAUUUAGAUAUGGGGAUGACAUGCCUCCUAUUUUAGAUAAUCUGAAUCUUCAUAUCAGACCAGGAGAAACCGUCGCUGUUGUUGGGCCUUCUGGAGGAGGAAAGACAACUCUUGCCAAACUUCUCCUUCAGUUAUAUGAUCCACAUAGUGGUCGUAUUCUUCUGGACGAUUAUGAUGUUCAGGACAUUCGACUGGAAUGUUUGAGGAGACAUAUUGCACUGGUUUUACAGGAUUCAAUGCUAUUUUCUGGAACAGUUGCCGAAAAUAUUGGCUAUAGGGAUCCCACAGGAACAGUCGACAUGGCACGAAUUGAGAAUGCCGCUAAGAUUGCUAAUGCUGAUGAUUUUAUCAAAGAUUUUCCAGAAGGCUAUGAAACAAAUAUCGGACAGAGGGGUUCUCUUCUAAGUGGAGGUCAGAAACAGAGGCUAGCUAUUGCAAGAGCACUCUACCAGAAUUCAUCUGUGCUUGUUUUGGACGAAGCAACAUCUGCUUUGGAUAGCAGGUCUGAGCUGUUAGUGAGACAAGCAUUGGAGCGUGUAACGGCCAAUAGAACUGUUCUUAUCAUCGCCCAUCGGUUGGAGACGAUACUAAUGGCGGAUAGAGUUGUCAUCUUAGAGGGAGGUAAUCUACAAGAGGUCCCGAAGUCGGCUCUCUUGGCUCAAGAUGGUUGCUCCGCGUCACCAGAAUUAACUGACCUUAUUGUGUAAAAAGUUGAUACGAGUUCAAAUGUGAGAAUAGCGCUGCUACUUGGUGAAACACAGACGGCUUAAGAUAGGUAAUGUUGCACCCUAUGAGUAUGCGGGUGGAUCGGACCUGAUCUUCCCGACAACUAGUCUGAAGAUCCCAAGUGAAAGUUGAUUCCGACGUAUGGAUUCUAACGAGCGUGCCGCUUCCUCGGUGCAUAUGGGCGUUGGCCGAGCCUGACCUCUCCCAAGAGAAAGGGUGCAUUUGGGCUUUGGCUGAGCCUGAUCUCACCCAACUAAAAAGGAGGCAAAGACACGGUUUAAUAGACCGUCAUCAGGUUUUACUCCACGGUUUAAGGAAGUCUGCGGCAUUUGCUGAGAUGCAUCUGAGCUAGCGAGUUCUUUGGUUGAGACUGCUCAGAUUAUUUGCGUGAUGUUGGUGCCCUGAUGAUGUAUAACUCGAAUUCUUUUCUUUUCUUUUCUUUUUUUUUUGUUUUUUCCUUCGUCACUUGAUUAUUAAAGAGAUGCAUACAAUGUUCAAAUUUUCCGAGGAUUGUAGUGGGCACUUCACUAUUUAUGCCUUUUUCUUCAUUUUAGUUACUCUUCUCAACUUUC